AGGUCAAACGUUGGAGUGUGACGUGGGACGUACGCUUUUGUAAUUCAAGAGUCGGGUACUUUGCAUAGCUCUAAAUGUUCGGUUUGGGACCAUGGUGGUACAAUUUUUCGCAGUUUCAUCGCUCCGAAUUGACAAUGGAUAAUUUGAUAUCAGUUCCAUCUCCAUACAUUGAACUGACAAUUUUUGGAACAUUCAAGGCUGCUGAAUUUUUGUCAUUUGCUGGUGGCUGUAUAAUACAUCCACUAUAUCGGCUGUUUCUUUUACGAAACUUAGCUCCCGAGAUAACUACCAAUAAUUCAGCCAAAAUAAUUAGAAACAAAUGUCGAAAAAUGCAGGGACGAUUUCUUUUGGCAAGUUUUGUUGUUGGGCCAUUGAGCACGCUAGCUUACGCCACUUAUUACUCGCUAGGUAGAAGAGAUGCGGAGGAACUGUGCUAUCAGAUUAGAUGCAGCGAGCAAAUGAUGGUUUGGGACCGCACUGCUGUCUCGCUAGGAUUUGUUGGAUGGUAUUGGAAACGUUUCCAAGGAGCUGCUGACGGCAUAAAUCUGGCAUCAGUCUAUACUGCUUAUUAUUUCACGAUACAAAAGCGAUUAACAAAUGCAUCAGCAGCAGAUAAAAUCAAACCAUCGCAACGACCAAAAAGUCUAGAGGAAGUCAAAGCAAAAAAGUCACUUCCACUUUUAGUGCAAACAGUAACAGAAGAUAGCAAAUCACUUGAUUCGAUGGCUUCGUUGCCCAUACGAACAUGACUGUGCAGUGCUUGUGAUAUUUAAAUGCUGAAUAAAGCAUUAGGUGAAAACAAAGUUGUUCCACU